GAAUAUGUUAGGUUUGAGAAUAUAAAGUGGGCUUUCAGAAAUGAGUGAUUCACAGUGUGAAGCGUUCUCAGCGUUACAGACAUCAGCGUGAGUUUCUUCUCUAGUCCUGAUGCAGAGAAUCUCACCGGGCGAGUUGAUUAAAAGUUAACCCUAACUCUUCCUGAAUAAAAACACAUCCGGUUUAAUGUCACAGAUGCUUUUUUUAAAGAGACUUGACGCAUCUGUGAGCUUGAGGUUAGACACUAGAUGUGUUUCUGCUCUCAAAAACUAGAUAAAACUCAACUCAUGGAGUCUCUGGAUGUGAAAGUAAGAAGUUGAGCUUUGUAGAAACAGCAAGCCCUCCUGUCCUGCUGAAAAGCCUGCUCUGCUCUCAGGUUUAGAGGGGUUUUGAGCACUUCUCAGCUGCCCAGGGCCACAAACCUUAACAACUGAACACCAUCGAACCAGUCUAGGCUGGGUGCAGAUUCGUGUGAGCGGCUGAUGCAGGUUUGGUGGGUCUGGGUGCGGCUGCAUCGCUGUGAUUCACACACAAGACGAGAGGUGUGACACGUCUCUGACACGAGAGGACACACACACAGAGACGCUUGCCACUCAGAUCAGCAGAGAGAGACGGACACACAUGGAUUCCUCUGAUCAGGUCGACUCUGGCCGUUCCCGCUCCGAACUGUGUUUGGUUCUGGUGGGCAGCAUCGGCUGUGGGAAGACCAUGACAGCGGACACCCUGCUGGGUCAGAGCUCGGCCCCGGGCCCCUCAGCCUCGUCCCGCGUGACUCAGAUCCGGAGCGGACUGUCGGCGGGCCGGCGGCUGAGCAUCGUGGAGACCCCUCGCUGGUACUGGUGCGGUCAGGAGCUGGAGGCCCACAUCCAGGAGGAGACCCGGCGGUUCCUGGGCUCCAGCGCUCCCGGGCCCUUCGUCCUCCUCAUCCUCAUUCCCAUCGGGGAGUUCACGGAGGUGGAGCGGCGCAUCCCGGAUCAGCUGGAGCGCAUGUUUGGGCCGUCGGUGCUGGCUCACACGCUGGUGCUGCUCACCUGUGGAGAAUACCUGAUGGGCCGCGGUCUGGAGGAGUACCUCGGGAAGGAGGCGGGGCUGCAGGAGGUGGUGAGGAGGUGUCACGGCCGCUGCCACGUGAUCAGUAACCGCAGACCUGACGACAGACAGCAGGUCCUCGCUCUGCUGGAGAAGGUGGAGCAGAUGCUCCAGAGGAACGGAGGAUUUCACCUGGAAGCACACGAGAGAGAUGUCACAGAGCAGGAGAAAACAGAGAUGAAGCUCAGUGCAACCAGACACACGGUGUGGAACGGAGGAAAACAAACACAAAUCAAUACGUUUGGAGAAACAGGAAGUGAUGUAAUGACUGAGAGACGCCUGAUCAACGGGCUUCAGUCGCAGCAGCGCGAGUGUGAGGAAACACACUUCCAACACACACCGCUGGAGAGAAGCCCGAGCUUCACACUCAACAAAGAGGGAGCUAUUCUCAGUCAGAUGAUGGAGGUGCCAGAGGUCCAGAACAGCCAGAGCUUCAGCAACACCAUCCAUCACAGUUUCAACGAGGCUUGGGAUGGCAGUGAAACUCUCUCUGGUGUAUCAUCCUAUUCCUGCUCUGAUCGUCUGGACGACUCUUCUCUGCCUGAGCUGAGGCUGGUUCUGCUGGGUCGGCGUGGUUCUGGGAAGAGUGCGGCUGGGAACAUUAUUCUGGGUCGUGAGGAGUUUGAGCUGCACACAGGUGAUCUGACGGAGGACUCUCAGCGGUGUGUGAAGGCCCGAGCGCUCGCGGAGGACACGCGGGUGUCAGUGGUGGAUACUCCGGACUGGUUUCAGUCGGAGAGGUCUCCUGAGGAGGUGAAAGCUCAGAUCUCCUCAUGUGUGGCCCUGUUGGCCCCGGGCCCUCAUGCGUUCCUGCUCUGCGUCCCCGUUGACCGUCCCGCUCGUUCCGAGCUGUCAGCCCUGAGCGCGCUGGAGGGUGCAUUCGGACCGGACGCUGUCCGCCGGCACACGAUCGUCCUCUUCACGCGCUCGGAGCUGCUGCCGGAUGCAGCGGAGGUGGAGCAGGUGGAGGCGUACAUCACCUCCCGGCGGCCGGAGAUGCUGGAGCUGGUGCAGAGAUGCGGCGAUCGCUAUCACGUCCUGCAGAGCGGCGGAGCGAAGGAGCUGCUGGAGAAGGUGCAGCAGACGGUGAGGGAGAGCGGAGGAGACUUCUACAGCGCCUCGCUCUUCCAGCAGAACCAGAUCCCGAGAGACAGAGACCGCUCCCUGCAUGCUCUGAAGGAGGAAGAGGAGGAAGCUCCAGCUCCAGCUCCGGCUCCGGCUCCGCUCCGCUCCGUGUGGCAGACGACGAGCCGCUGCGCCGGACGCGUGCCGAAGCUGCUGGCCGCUGGGGCUCUGACAGGAGCGGCGCUCGGUGUGUUCCUCGCAGGAGCUGUAGGAGGCGCUGUCGGAGCCGUGCUGGGCUCUGUGCUCACUGAGGUCGGGAGACGGAGACUCAACAAACAGAAAACAGAGUAAGAGACACUGUGAACUGGAAAAUAAUUCCCUCGGUUGUUGUUUCUUGUAUCAUGUCAGUCUGUGCAAACUCAAUAUUAUAUGUAACCCCCGGAGCACAAAAC